UAGCGGAACUAGCGAUAGAUAGUGCAGACUGGUGCAGGCUGGUGCAGGAUUGUUACGCACAGGACGGAUUGUUACGCACAAGAGAGAAGAAUGAAUACGGAUCAAUUAAAGCACAAAUGUGGGUAUUGCGGGAGACUGUUCAGCUUUACGAAUUUUAUCGAGCAUGAAUGCUUUAAGCAUUAUGUGGAGGAUGAAGAUCGCAUUUGUGUGGAUGAAAAUUAUGUUGUGACAAUAUGCACUGCAAAGACUGCCGAAGGUCCUGCAUGUAAAGAUACUUUGGAUAAACUCUUGAUUGGGGCUGUGAAGGAAAGGAGAGCACUUUACGACUAUACUAUACCUGCUUCUCAGAGAACAAAUUUGCGUAAAAAUGCGUUAUGGUUAGAAGUAUCCAAUCUUUUAGGAGGUGCUCUUGGUCCAGAGGAAGCUAAAGCUCGCUGGAAGUAUCUGCGAGAUAAUUAUGCAAAAGCUCGCAAAAAGGCAAAAGCCUACAUUCCCAGUGGAUCGGCAGCUAAAAUUCGUGGACUAAAGAAAUCUAAAUUUAGAUUUUAUGACCUCAUGACAUUCUUGAAUGACUUUCUUGAAACACGGCAGUAAGUUCUUUUUCUUCAAUAUGCAAAAUUAUAC